AUGGCCAUGAACAAUGCCACUGCAGUGAUUGAGUUUCUCCUUAUUGGCAUCUCUAAUUAUCCUGAGCGGAGUGUCACAUUUUUCACAUUGGUGCUGAUAACAUAUAUCAGCAUUUUGUUGGGGAAUGGACUUAUCAUCUUUCUGAUCCACUUUGACCCCCACCUCCACACUCCAAUGUACUUCUUCCUUAGUAAUCUCUCUUUCAUAGAUCUUUGCUAUGGAACAGCUUCCAUGCCCCAGGUCUUGGUACAUUGUUUCUCUACUCAUCCAUACCUCUCUUACCCACAGUGUUUGACUCAAAUGAGUGUUUCCUUGGUCUUGGCCACAGCAAAGUGUCUUCUACUGGCUGUCAUGGCCUAUGACCGUGUGGUUGCUAUCAGCAAUCCCCUGCACUAUUCCAUGGUCAUGAAUGCUCCAGUGUGUGCCUGGCUGGCUGCUACCUCCUGGGGGGCAUCACUUGUGCUCACUGCCAUGCUCCUCUUAUCCCUGCAGCUUCACUUCUGUGGGGCUAACAUCAUUAACCAUUUUGCCUGUGAGAUUCUCUCCCUCCUUAAGCUGGCCUGUUCUGAUACCAGCAUUAAUCAGCUUAUGAUCUUCAUCAUUGGUAUCUUCACCCUGCUCCUACCUUUUGGGUUCGUUAUCUUCUCCCAUUUCCGAAUUGCUGCUGCUGUCCUAAAGAUUCACUCAACCCAGGGCAGGCUCAAAGCCUUUUCCACCUGUGGAUCUCACCUGAUCGUGGUGACAAUCUUCUAUAGAGCAGUCAUCUCCAUGUAUAUGAAACCUCAGUCCAAGUCCUCACCUGACCAGCAUAAGUUUGUCUCAGUGUUUUAUGGUGCUUUGACACCCACGCUGAACCCCCUAAUAUACAGCCUGAGGAACAAGGAUGUUAAAGGGGCAAUGAGGAAAGUUAUGAUGAAAAGGCAUAGGCCUCCUUUGCUUCUAAAACUUCUAAAGUAA